UGCCACUCUCCGGGCUGACGGUGCUUCUACUUGCGCGCCUGCGAACCCGAGUUGGAAAAAUCGUCGAAAAUUCGGGACUCCUGCAACCGCAUCAACCAGCGGACUACCAACGCCUAGUUCUGCAAUACGACACCAGUAGUCCUCCUCCGAGAAGACGACCUUCGUCAGGCGGAGGUGGCGAUACCGGAGUGGGAAAAGAACACCAGGUGGAUCAAAAAGAUAACAGAAACUACACUCUGCUGGAAUUAUGGCACAUGCUUCAACGACUUUGGCGGGAGUUCCUGUACUUCAUCUUCGUCCGGCUCUACACGCAUCAAAGGAGAGAGGCACUGUCGUUGCUGGUCCUUGGUGGUUUUUUCUCGUUUCUUCUUGUGCGACGUUUGAGGAAAAUCAAAGCUUCCAGUCGUACGGCCACUGAUCGAACAUCAAAAGGCAACAGUCAACCUGUUGCACGUUCACCUUCAGCCGAAUCCGCCGCCACGUCAUCAACAUCAAGUACAUCUACCGGGGAAACUGCUCUAACAGCUGCCGAAAAGAAAUUAUGCCAACGGCUGACCCACAUUUAUGCAAAAGCAGAGCCUCUAGUCCUACCGCUUUCCUCGUUGAUAUCGGAGAUAAAAGCUGGAAAUAUCCACUCUGUAGAGUGGCAGCUGAGUGGAAAAACUGUUAUUGCGCAUGGAACGAAAAAGCUGAGUGACUGUAUUAUCGUAGACACGAUGCCAGGGACCACGACGAGCAAAACAAAAGGACCUCACCGCGAUACGAACGCAACUGGCAGCUCAGCAUCCACGAAGAUCAUGGAAUCUGCACUUGCUUUCUCAUCCAAGAGUAGGACGUCUUCUAGUGAAAGCCAGGGUGGCAGCACUUCAUUAGAUAAUUUGUCGGUGUCUGCUGGUUCGAGCGUUCUGGUACCGAUGAAAUACGUGGCUUUGCUGACGCCUGGCUCUCAGCAAAUGCUUUUUUCGUUAGUGCAGGAGCAUGUCCGAGAUUUUCAGAUGGCGCUACCUCCUCUACCAAGUUCUACUGUAGUUCGAGUCGCCAAGACGGUUCUAACCGUCAUGGCACCUGCAUUGAGCUUCAUCGUGCUGUUCUACCUGACAAAAUCCCUGGCAGAAGGCGCGGAUGACUCCUACAGACCUGAGGUGAGCACACAGACACAGCGACGUCGGAAGCGAGUUACGCGCAACAAGAAAGUAGGUAAAAAGAAUGUCCAGAGUCAAGCGACUACGUCUUUGCGCGACGAAAUCAAGCAGAGAGGUUAUAUUCGAGCAUUUUGGAAGCGCCUGGCUGAGAAGACGCAGGGAACUGGUGGCCAAAUCGAUAACAAGACUUCUGAGAUAAAAUUUAAGUUGAUACGGCCACGGCCUUUGCUCAAUGACGUCACGCUACCUGCUUCUGUGAAAGCCGAACUGCAAGAAGUCGUUGACAGUCUGAACCAUCCUGAACGGUACCGAGAUGUGAGCGGGCCGUUUCGCGGUGUCUUACUGACGGGUCCAGCGGGAACUGGAAAAACGAUGGUCGCUAAAGCGAUUGCCAACGAGGCGGAUGCCGGAUUCCUCACUUGUUGUGGCUCUGAGUUGAUCGAGCUCUACGUUGGUCGCGGAGCUGCGCGGGUUCGCACGAUUUUUAAACGCGCGCGCGCAAUUGCGACUGCAACGCGACGGAAUAGUGCAGGACCAGGCAGGCUCACAUCGUUUGACGGACAACUGGGAAAGAUUGUUGACAGAGCAACUCAGGUGUUCCGAAAUGGCUUCAGGGGAAGUGCAUCCUCUGAUGGCGGCGACGGGAGGAACGGACAGACUGGUGGUACGUGCGUGGUUUUCUUUGAUGAGAUAGACGCGAUUGGAAGUCGCGGAAGCGCUGGCAGCUCCUUCCGAGAAGAAGCGUUCUCGGUCAAUGGAGGACACAGCGAAACCGUGCAAACCGUGAACCAGCUGUUGCAUGAAUUGGAUGGCUUUUCUAAAAAUGGUUUUGAUAGUGAUCACAUCAUGGUGCUUGGCGCGACAAAUCGCUACGCAGCGUUGGAUGCAGCACUGUUACGUCCGGGUCGCUUUGACCGCCAAAUCUUCCUCCAGCUUCCGGGCGCAGAGCAGCGACUCCUGAUACUCGAGAAAGCCUUAGCCGACAAGCCGCUGAUCCUUCGUAACUCGGUUAGUGAAAAUGAGAGGUCGAGUCGUUCCUCUUUUGGAAGCACUAGCGGAAAAGCUAAAGCAGAGGAGGACAAAAGCCAAGACGAAAGGUCAGCACAAGGCGUAACUUCAGACGGAGCAGGAGAGCACUUAUCUGCUCUGUGUGUCGACGCGAUGAUGAUGAAUUUCUCUGGAGCUGACAUUGCUCACGUAGCUGAUGAAGCGGUCUACAUUAGUUUGCGGCGAACACCAAAGCUCUAUGCAGAGAAAGUGAUACGACCUUCAAACGAAAUGCGCGUCCGUGGGGGACGAAAGUGGAAGCGGUCGGAGCUUCCUGUUGGCAGUCGAUGGAAGCUGACUGAUGAGGGAGAGAACUACAGAAAGCAGGAGACAUCCUCAAGCGCAGGAAGUCUAUUUCACCAAGGCAAGAAAGGUUCUCCUGAAGGCGAGACCAAGCUUCCCUUGAUCAUAGACUUCGACAGUCCAGAACUCUCGCGAGCAUUAGAAGAGCACCUCACCACGGACGAUUACGAAACGGGCAGCUCUGACGGAAAUAAGCAAGGCGCUGAAAAUGGCGAAGCAGAUAUAAUUACGGCCGAGGAUGCGCGUGGGAGGCGAAAGGCGAGUACUAAAAACCUGAUGUGGGAUCAGUCUGGAAAGCUCGCAUUUGGUGCAGCGAAACACGAAGCGGUCGCAACAAUCUCAAUUCGCAGUCCUAGCUGUAGAAGCGAUUCAGCAGCCGAGAGUACCGAAUCUGCCUUUCAGGAUUGCUUUGAGACGCAACAUAUCACACGUGAUGGAGAUAGAAGAAACAUGCAGGGAAACCCUCGGGAGAAGAACGCCUCAUCUGCAGGGAAUUUCGUAUCGUCUGAACGAGACAAGGACAAGAAAGCGACAGUGGAAGAUGAAUCGCUAGACACGGAGGACGGAUCGAGUUCUGACUCCUCCUCUUCAUCCGACGAGUCCGAGCCGGAGCAGGACUACAGCAGUGGUUUGAGCCUUGGCUGGCUCUUUUGGCCUCACAUGCUCGGUGGAACAGACAGGCAGGCGGGUGAGGGGCACCAAAGGAGGGAUUCUCGGCGAGUCGCAAUCACUUUUCUGGAUGUGCGACAAGCUGCUAUGAGGGUACGCUCUCAAGUACAGACACGGACCAGUGCUAAGGGCACGAGGCAAUACGAAUUGAUUCGCUGAGGAAUACGUGGACGUGUCAUCAACUUUUUGAAUGAGUUCAAUCUUAUGAACUCUCACAUGCUGGGUGAUGAUGUUGGUCGAGAUUCAGAUUGUGGUGAGGACAGCUUGCCUGACUCUACUGUCUACCUCAUGAUCUUCCGCCUACUCAGACGUGGUUUUAGGAGCUACUUGUUCUACACCUCAUGAAAGUGGGUGGUCGUUGACCGAU